AUGAAACGAAACAAAUCCGAGGCCGAGGCCGAAGUCAAGUCGGUUAACUGGAAGCGGCGAAUCAGCGAAUCCGGACCCGAAACCGUAACCGAGUCCGGCGAAUUGCUAAUCGGGCGCCACGAAGCCUUUGCCCUGCCUGCAGCGAAAGGAAUUCCCAAAAUACAAAAAAAUGGGGAUGAAGUCCGACUGGCGUCGCUGCUGCCCGUGCUGCACUGCCUCUGCCUCUGCCUCCGGCUCGCUGGCGCUCCGCUUGCUUCGUGGUGCGCGCUAGCUCGAGCAGAGAAUCAGUCGUCGUCGAGCUUUCACACCGUUUGCAGCGAGCGCAGAGCAGCCGAGCAGAGCACACCGCCAGGGAUCCAGAUCCACAGCCACAGCCAGAGGCACAGGCACACACACAAUCACACACAACAGCAGCCACUAAGAGAAGAAGCAACUCCGAACUGCAAACUCCAAACUGCAAACUCCAAACAGCAAACUCCAACUCCAAGUCCGACUCCAAGUCCAAGUCGAGGCCCAAGUCCAAGUCGGAGGGAGACAGAGAAAGACGACAUCGAGGGGCUGGAGCUAAAGAAAGAGAGAGCCAAAAAUAUCCGACGAUAUUUAGAUGACAAGUGUCGCCCCGGCGGAGAAAGCUAAAGUUUAACUAAAAUAAUUAAUAAACUAAGAACAACGCUUGAGGAGAAAACCGAAAGAAAACGAAUUUUCAAAAAGAAAACAAAAUUAUCGAUAAACCAAUUAAAGAGAAAAACCAAAGCGAAAGACAAACCAAAAACAAAACU